AGGCAGUUUCCUUCAAUAUUUGGCCAUGGCGUUAGCAGGGAUUCUAGUGUUUUGCCAUUGACCAGUCAGUAGCUCUGUUCCUCUGUACCUUCCCCGUGGCUAGCUCUGCAGUCUUCGAAGCGUCGCUGAACGAUUCGGUUCAGGAGAUCGAUGCGCUUCUACUCUUGUCGGCAAGCCCACCUCCUUGCAGACCCUAAAUAAAUACUUUUAAUUACUUUCCCGCGGAAGUAGUUACGACCCUGCACUGGAGGCUGUAGAUAUUUGAGGUUGUACUUUUCUUUCGUUUCCCGCUGGCACGAUGAGCAAGAAGGACGAUGAGAAGCACGAGAAAAUUAUCCGCGGGUUGCUGAAGCUGCCCGAGAAUAAGAAAUGCAUCAACUGCAACAACCCGGGCCCGCAGUAUGUGUGCACGAAUUUCGCGACGUUCGUCUGCAUGGCGUGCAGUGGCAUCCACCGCGAGUACACCCACCGCAUCAAGUCCGUGUCUAUGGCCAAAUUCACGCCCGAGGAGGUGGCGGCACUGCAGCAAGGCGGCAACCAGAAAGCUCGAGAGUUCUUCCUGGCCAAUGCAGCCAGGGUGCAGCCUCCAGACCCUAACGACCCGAAUCGGCUGCGGGAGUUCGUGCGGUCGGUCUAUGUGGAGAGGCGCUACGUGGCCAGCAGAGAGGGCGGCGCUGCUGCUCCCCCACCCCCUCGCGCGCAGCCCUCCGAUCACAGCCGCUCGUCCUCUGAUUCCCGGGCCAUGAGGGCUUCUGCGGAUGGGUAUGCAGGCGCCAGUGGGGCGAGUAGAGGCCCGGGCAGAGGGGCGGGGUAUGGGAGCGACAGGCAGCCGCAGCAGCAGCAGCAGGAAAGGGAGAAGCCGAGGCAUAAGGGAGGGUUAUCUUCGUUCCUGGGAUUCAAAUCCCGUGGCAGCAGCAGCAGCAGCAGCAGCCACAGUGGUGGCGGUGGCAGCAGCGGCGGUGGUGGAAGUGGUAGUGGGGGGGCUGCAGGUGGCAGGCACAGCAGCAGCAGCAGCAGCAGCGGGAGUAGGGAGAGACGAGAGGACUCACUGAAGGGGGAGCACCGGAGGGACGGUCUAGGGGGAAGGUCCUCGUCCCCUUCCGGUUCCAGUAACAGCAGGGGCAGCGACAGGGAGAGGGAGAGAGAGAGAGACAGGGAGAGGGAGAAAGACAGGGAGAGGGAUAGGCAUGGGCAUGGGCACGGGGGGCAGAGGACUAGCAGAGACGAGGGAGGGGGAGGAUCCUCAGGUGCAGGUGGGAGCGAUGGGAGGCACAUGAGGAAAAACGGCAGUGGGGGUGGUAGUGGGAGUGGGCAGACUAGAGCCAGCGGAGGAGGAGGAGGGGCUAGAGGGGGAGGGGGUGGGGGAGGGGAGGAGGUGAGGAGUGUGUCUGUGACUCAGGUGCUGGGGCGGGAUGUGGAGCUGAAGGUGUAUGCGGAGGGGGAGGAGGGGGCGGUGGGGAACGGCGUGCAUGGGGGGCAGCAGCAAGGGGGGAAUGGUGCGCCUGGGAGCCCCGGGUCAAUAGCUUCCUCUGCGGCAUCGCGCAAGGCGGCUGACGCCCACCCUCCGACGCCUGAGAGCAAGCCACCCCCCUCCGCCACUGCCACUGCCGCCACGGCGAGCCUCAUAGACUUCUCCUUUGACGACCCCACCCCCGCCCCGCCCACCGCCACCACAGCACCCGCAGCACUUGCACCGGCAGCAGACCCCUUUGGCCUCGCAGACCUCCUUGCUCCACCCCCCGCUGCCCCUGCUCCUGCUGCGCCAGGUGUGGCCCCUGCAGGUAUCGACCCUGCUGCUGCUGUGCCUCCCUACGGGGCUCAAUUCCCAGGCGGAGCCCAACCGUUCGGGGAUCAGCCGUUUGGGGGCGAGCCCCUGGCAGGCCAACCGUUUGGGGCUCAGCCGUUUGGUGGUCAAACGUUUGGGGGCCAAGAGUUUGGGGGGCAAGGGUUUGGGGGACAAGCGUUUGGGGGUCAGCCUGGGGGAGCCCAGCCGUUUGUGAGCCAGUCGUUUGACGGCCAGCAGUUUGGAGCGCCUGUGCCUGGCGCCCAGCCUUUUGCUGCCUUUGGAGGUCCUGCCGGCCAGCCGACGGUUGACUCGAGUCAACAGGCUCAAGGCGGUGCGGCCUUUGACCCGUCUCAGCAGGCGCAGGGCGGUGGGGCUGUGGGCUGGGGUGCAGGCUUCCUCCAGCCUGACGAGUCACCUGCUCCUGCUGCUGAUCCUGCCUCCGCGCCUGUUCCCCCUGCUGCUGGUGGGUUUGGCGGGCCCCAGGUGCAACCACAAGCACAGCAACCGAUGCAGCAGGGGAGCUUGUUUGGGGGAGAGGGCGCUGUUGAUGCAGCUGCGGCAGCGGCAGCACCACCGCAAGCAGCAGCAGCAGCAGCGGCGCCUGCAUUGGAUACGCCAGCAGUAGAGGGAGGAUUUGCCUCUUGGGCUGCUUUUGACGCCGCCCCUGCUCCUGCCCCUGCCUCUGCCCCUGGUCCUGCUGGUCCUGCUGCUGCUUCUGCUGCAAGCCCACCUGCAUCGGAGGCUGCACCUGGCGUUUCUCCUGAAGCUGGUUCUGCGCAAGCAGCAGGGGGAGCAGCGUCUUCUGGCGCUGGGGAAUCACCUGCUGCUGGCGCCACCGCUGCAGCUGCUUCUACUGCAGCAGCACCAGCUGCAGAUAUGGCAUGGAGUGCCUUUGGUGACGAGCCAGCACAGCCACCACCACCGCAGCAGCAGCAGCAGCAGCAGCAGCAGCAGCAGCAGCAGCAGCAGCCAGAGAUGACAGGGACGCCUGCUGCUGCUCCAGCCGCCACCGCCGCCACAGCAGCGGCAGCAGGGGGUGCAUCUGCGCCUGCAGCAGCGGCGGCUCAAAAGGCAUCUGCUGCACGUGCAGCAAUUCCAGAGGAUUUUUUCACCAACCUCCUUCCAGCCCCGCAAGUCAAGAACGACCUGCCUUACCUUGGUGGCUACGCCGCCCCUCCCGCCCCCGCCCCUGCUGUCACGGAUACCAGCUCUCUCGCCUUUGGGUCGCCGGGGACAGUGGCGGCUGCUGCAUCCGCCUAUGGGGCUUAUGGGCAGCCGCCCAUGUCCGCUUUGGGUCUCCCUCCCCAAGCCAUGGACUUGCCGCCCUACCAGGUCGCAGGAGCUGCUACAGGACAAGCCAUGCCAUCCGCAUACGACCAGUUUCUUUCCACCAAUGCAGCCGCCCCUCCUCCGUUCGGUGGUGCUGCUGGUGUUCCUGCUGGUGUGGGUGGUGCUGGCUAUGGUGCCGCUGCUGGUGCUAAUGGUCCGGGCAGCAACGCAGAAGCAGCCGCAUCAGCAGCAGCAGCAGCAGUCAAGUCGACCAAUCCCUUUGCUUUUGAUGAUGACGAUGAGGAGGAGGCCACUGCUGCCCCUACGACUACUGCUGCUGGUUCUGCCCAGCCAUUCGCCAUGGACCCUCUAGCUGCUGCUCUUCCUGGCGGCUAUUUUGCCGGCCCCAGCAACACUGCCGCUGGCCCUUUCCAGUCUCCCCAGCAGCAGCAGCCGCAGCAAACUGCAGCGGCCACCCCAUACCCCCCCGGGCCAGCUCUCUCCCCCACACCCUCCACCUUCUCCCCCUCCACUCCCCCCCAACCCUCCGACCCUUUCGCCAUGCCUAACCCUGUCCAAGCCUCCUCGCCUGGUCUGGCCGGACCUGCUGGUGGGUUCGGAGGCGCCACGCCUGGAGGGGGGUUGAGUGUGUCUGCAGACCUCUUUGGGCAUAAUCAGAUGCAUUCUGGAGGUGCUGGUGGUGCCGGUGUUGGUAUGUCUGCAUCUAUUGAUUUUGGCUACCUUGGUAGCAGUGGUGCUGCUUCUGGUUUUGCUCCUGGUCCUGCUGCUGCUGCUGCUGCUGGAGGGAACUUUGGAUUCGGUCCUGCUGCUGCAUCAGCAGCAGCACCACCGUCGGCGGAUCCAUUCGCUUCGCUUAUGCCAACCGGGGCACCGGCUCCUGGUGGUCAUCCACCGGCUCCUGCUACAGGUGCGGCUGCGGCUGCUCCUGCAUCAUCUUUGGACGAUUUCAACCCGUUUGGCUGAGUGGUGGCCCUUACACACUCGCAUUCGCCACUCCUGCUAGGUCGAAGGUCAGAUAGCAUAACUUGAUUAUUCUGUUAGUCUCGUUAGCUUUUUUCUCAUGUAGAGCAGUUAUAGGGUUCAAUUGUGUCAUUCAACCAGAUUAUUAGGUGUUUGCUUUGUCCUACUAAGUGGAGGAUAUUUAGAUACAUAGUGACC